AUGCCCGGCCGAACGCUCCCGACUUUCACCCUCGCCGAGGUUGAGGCGCAUAACUCGGCAAAGUCUUGUUUUGUCACGUUGGGGAGAAAUGUCUACGACGUGACCGAUUUCGUCGAUGCGCACCCCGGCGGCGGCGACCUGGUGCUCGAGUACGCCGGCAAGGACAUCAAGGAGAUCCUCGAAGACCAAGCGUCGCAUGAGCAUUCCCAAGCGGCGUACGAGGUUCUCGAAGAUUCCCACGUCGGUUUCCUCGCUUCCGCCAACGGAUCUGCCAACGGAAAGACAAAUGGCAAUGGCACGGCCAAUGGGGCAGCGAAUGGUGUGAACGGUACUUACGUGCAUCCCAGGACGGGCAUGUCCUGCGAGGAGGAUCUGAGCAAAGAUACCGACAUCUCCUCCGACUACAAGACGCACAAGUUCCUCGACCUGGGCCGACCGCUAUUCCCGCAAGUCUGGUUUGGCGGCUUCUCCAAAGACUUCUACCUCGACCAGGUCCACCGGCCGCGCCACUACAAGGGCGGAGAGUCGGCCCCUCUGUUUGGCAACUUCCUCGAGCCUCUCACCAAGACGGCGUGGUGGGUGGUCCCGACGAUCUGGCUGCCGUGUGUCACCUACGGCCUCUACAUUGCGAGCCCAGGGUUCACUAGCCCCCUGGGGGAAGCGGGCUGCUUCGCAUUUGGCGUCUUCGCCUGGACACUCAUCGAGUACUUUAUGCAUCGGUUCUUGUUCCAUCUUGAUUACUACCUCCCCGACAACCGGGUUGGCAUCACCCUCCACUUCACCCUCCACGGCAUCCACCACUACCUCCCCAUGGACAAGUACCGCCUGGUCAUGCCCCCAACUCUGUUUAUUGCGUUGGCCCUCCCCUUCUGGAAGCUGGCGCACGGCAUCUUUUUCUGGGACUGGUACAUGGGGACGGCCGCCUACUGCGGCGGCGUCUUCGGCUACAUCUGCUACGACAUGACACACUACUUCCUGCACCACCAAAACCUUCCGCUGUGGUGGAAGCAGCUCAAGAAGUAUCACCUUGAACACCACUUCCUCGACUACGAGAAUGGCUUUGGCGUCACAAGCCCCCUCUGGGACAAGGUCUUUGGCACCGAGCUUGAGAUGAAGCCCAAGAAGUUUUAG